AUGACUAUUCUCCCCAAAAAGAAGCCGCCGCCUCCCGACGCCGACCCCGGUCCGUUACCGGGACCGCCAGGUGCGCUUCACCGUUGGGCGCUGGCCGUGCCGCCCGGCGCUGUGGCGGGUCCUCGGCCGCAACAGGCCUCUCCACCUCCAUGCGGAGGCCCGGGAGGUCCCGGUGGUGGUCCCGGCGACGCGCUGGGAGCAGCGGCAGCGGGCGUGGGUGCGGCGGGCGUGGUGGUGGGCGUGGGCGGUGCUGUAGGCGUGGGCAGCUGCUGCUCCGGGCCGGGGCACAGCAAGCGGCGGCGUCAAGCCCCUGGGGUUGGGGCGGUUGGCGGAGGUAGUCCUGAGCGUGAGGAGGUCGGCGCAGGCUACAACAGUGAGGAUGAGUAUGAAGCGGCCGCAGCACGUAUCGAGGCCAUGGACCCUGCCACCGUUGAGCAGCAGGAGCACUGGUUUGAAAAGGCCCUGCGAGACAAGAAGGGCUUCAUCAUCAAGCAGAUGAAGGAGGACGGCGCCUGUCUUUUCCGGGCUGUAGCUGACCAGGUGUAUGGAGACCAGGACAUGCAUGAGGUUGUGCGAAAGCACUGCAUGGACUAUCUGAUGAAGAAUGCUGACUACUUCUCCAACUAUGUCACAGAGGACUUCACCACCUAUAUCAACCGGAAGCGGAAAAACAACUGCCAUGGCAACCACAUUGAGAUGCAGGCCAUGGCAGAGAUGUACAACCGUCCUGUGGAGGUGUACCAGUACAGCACAGAACCUAUCAACACAUUCCAUGGGAUCCAUCAAAAUGAGGAUGAACCCAUCCGUGUAAGCUACCAUCGGAAUAUCCACUACAAUUCAGUGGUGAAUCCCAACAAGGCCACCAUUGGCGUAGGGCUGGGCCUGCCAUCAUUCAAACCAGGGUUUGCAGAGCAGUCCCUGAUGAAGAAUGCCAUAAAAACAUCAGAGGAGUCAUGGAUUGAACAGCAGAUGCUGGAAGACAAGAAGCGGGCCACAGACUGGGAGGCCACCAAUGAGGCCAUUGAGGAGCAGGUGGCUCGGGAAUCCUACCUGCAGUGGCUGCGGGAUCAGGAGAAACAGGCCCGUCAGGUCCGCGGCCCCACCCAGCCCCGGAAAGCCAGCGCCACAUGUAGUUCAGCCACAGCAGCAGCCUCCAGUGGCCUGGAGGAGUGGACCAGCCGGUCCCCACGGCAGCGGAGUUCAGCCUCGUCUCCUGAGCACCCCGAGCUGCAUGCCGAGCUGGGCAUCAAGCCCCCUUCUCCAGGCACUGUCUUAGCUCUUGCCAAACCUCCUUCACCCUGUGCACCAGGUACAAGCAGCCAGUUCUCGGCCGGGGCUGACCGGGCCACCUCCCCCCUUGUGUCCCUCUACCCUGCUCUGGAGUGCCGGGCCCUCAUUCAGCAGAUGUCCCCCUCCGCCUUUGGUCUGAAUGACUGGGAUGAUGAUGAGAUCCUAGCAUCGGUGCUGGCAGUAUCCCAACAGGAAUACCUAGACAGUAUGAAGAAAAACAAAGUGCACAGAGACCCACCCCCAGACAAGAGUUGAUGGAGACCCAGGGACUGGAGACCGUCUCCCAACCCCACCACUCCUGCCCUCUGGUGCCACCCCACCUUCUUCGGCUUUCUUCCCUCUUGCCUUCUUUCCUUCUCCCUCUUGCCCCUCCUUUUCCUUCCACCCACUUCCCUCUGGCUGGCCCACCCCUGCGCCCCCUCUCAUCGCUGCCACCACCACCACCACCUGUCUCUCCGCCAGCUGACGUGCCCUGUUGCCCCCUGCACAGCAUCAUCCCUGCAUUCCACAGGGGACUCGGGCAAGGGUGCCGAAGGUAGGCGAGAGGCACACAGACAAACCACCUGGCAGCCAGGCAGCCCCAGAGGAGAGACAUUCAGACAGAGGAAAGUCUUCCUGCUCCUCAUUCCUCCCAAGAUCAGAAAAACUUGUCCCCUCCCCCAAAAUGAUGCCAGGGAGGUGGGGGAGAGAAGUGGGAAAUCCCCUUCCCAGUACCCCAAGAAUGUCUGAGCCUUCAUUGUUGAAUUUUUCUUUAUUAAAGUGUACUUUUAUCUUAUAAAAUCAACCGAUCAAAAAUUACCUAGACAACAGUAUUGGCUCUGUGAAGAUGGCAUCUCUCUGGUUUAGGGGACAGGCAGGCCAUGGGGUAUGGAGGGGGCACAGUGGUGUGGUUCUGGCCUCCAGCUCUAUGGGGGUGUGUGUGAGCUGGGGUGGGAGUGGGUGAGCACGUGUCAGACUGGCUUUGGACAAUGAGACUGACCUCGCUGCAUUCCUUUUGCUUCCACUACUACCAGUCUCUUUGGAAUCUCGGGGUGGGGGGAGCAUCCUUGGGGAUCAUAGCCGCCACCCAGGAUUUGAGCAUGGGGAGUGGGAGCAGCCUUGGCAGAUGGGGCACCUGUGCUCUGCAGGUGUUGACAAGAUCCGCCAUCUGUAACGUCCUUGGCUCAAUAAAACCAAAUGUCAGUUU